AUGGCGCUCGUCCCCUCAGCAGCUUUCAUGCACAUCACUCUACACUUUCAUACUGGUCCACGAUUUUCGCUCCGCCUGCAUGCUCUACAACACGAUUUCGGCCAUGUGGAGAAUAUCGGGCUCCAGAGCCAUCCCGUUUUCGACUCUUGCCAUCCGAUCCGGGCCAAGGCCUCAAUACCUGACCGUUACGGUGGCCUUACGGAACACCGUCCUCACUUUCUGCUCAGUGCGGACAUGAACUCGAUAGAGUGGACCUUUCGGGGAUUAAACCGACAUCAUCCUUCGUACGGGACCAACAAAAACAAGAACUCGGUAAUGCGAUACUCUUUGCUCGUUUUCUUUCAGAAUCGCUGCAGUCGGUUCCACAAAGCUGCGAUCCGCCGCGAAGGAGGGCAAAGGCCGCCUUCGAUAUGGAUCCAGGAUGGGCAGGUUCAUGGCCCAUGGGUCAAGUCGGGAGCAAGACACGACGUUGGAAUGGAGGCGACGGCCGAACCUCGGACGGCAGCGCUGUACCUCUCUAUGCAAGAAUGCGACGCACGCUACCCCGAGCUUUCUGAAACUCCAAGCCAGCAGAUGCCAGCUGCACGUCGCCUGCCUCACGCCUGA